AUGGCGGAAUUUCAGAAGACACACCGUCUGAGUCGCCGGUCUGUGACUGUUCAACGGCGCCUUCGUUUCUGGGCCAUUUUUUUGGUGUGCGCCGUUGUUACUGGCUGUGACGACGCCGCCUCGGCGUCUUCCUCCUCUAAUUCUACGGCAGAACUGCUGACUGGGGACGCUGUUCCUCUGUCAACGGACGAGGGCGUCAACCCCAGCGAGGACGUCUGGGGGGUCAGGGGGAGCGGUUCACAAAAUGCGUCACAGGCUGAGGAAGGAAAUGGACACUCUAGGGACAAACAGUUGGGUGGAUCCGAUCGCGAUUCGCUCGAUGUGGCAACAAACAAAGGGAGUGACUUGUCUUCGAGCUCCGAACUAUCCGGAGGGUCACGCGGCAAUCAGGAUGACGGCGACCUCUCUUCAAGUAACACACCAGAUGCGGCUGGCAGCGUAGUGGAUGUGCAUCCUGAGAACGCCGUCCCCACCAAAGAAGCUGAAGCUGUGAGCAAGGCUCGUGAAACUACAGUCACGAAGAGACACAGGCUCCGUGGGCUGGCCGUCGGCGUUUACCCAUGGGGAGCGACCGCAGCGGCAUAUGGAGCAUACCUGAACUGGUACAGGACUGCCUACUUGCCGUGGUAUUACACGACUUUCGGCGUGGCUGCAGCUGCACCAAUACUCACGUCACCUGCUGUGUACGCCGCUUACUACCCAACUGUAGCAGCCCCCGUGGCAAAUGUUCCGGUUCAAGCGGCAUUGCCUGUCGUCCAACAAACGGCCGUUCCCGUCGGACAAGUCGGGGUCCUCCCGGUAGCACAGCAAGGGCCAGUCAAUGCCGUCCAACCAGCCGUCGCUGUUACGCAGAGGUUGGCGGCUCCUGUCGUUCAGCAAUCCGCAGUGCCUGUAGUUGCCGCGGGCGCAGCCAGCGUGGUACCCGUGGCUCUUCCUCAGGGGAAUCGUGUCGCCGGCACGGCCCCUACGGAAGCACUACUAAGCCUCGAAGAGCCAGUGAAUGAAAACCAACAGCAGACGGUCGCACCCGUUGCUCUCCUUACAGCACCUUCAGCCAUUGAUUACGGGAAUGGCAGGGGCAGCCGCACCGCUUCGCGGUCUAGCGACGGUGUCGGGGGUCUAGGUUUGUCGAACUUCGCCGCGUUUUUGGCCAGACCCGAUGGGACUCUGGCAGCAAUUGGGGGGAACGGGACCUAA